UUCAAAUCUCUCGCCAGUAUUUCGAUCAACUUUUCGGAGUCAGGUUGCUGAAAUUCAAUUACGGAAAUACAAGUGAGGAAAACAGAGGCACACACACUAUCAUAAUGACAAGUCCAAAGCAAUCGACUGUCCAAGAAGGACUUGCACCGCAAGUGCCCCAGAAUGGCAUGGUCACCUAUGGCAGCGGGCUCGUCUUCGGCGGGAAAGUCUAUCCAGUGUUGGUGGACGGAGUGCCCAUGCAGCCGCCCCUGGGCGCUCAUCAGGCUGCACUGCAACAGCGCAUGCAGAUGCAGCAGGUAGUGCCACAACGUAUGCAGAUGCAGCAGGUGCUGCCUCAGGCGCCCCCUACCCAUUGCCCCAAGCCCAUUGUACAAUACCGAAGAUAUCAGCAAACGGGCAACCCAUUUCCUGCGCCCCCAUACAACUCCAAGCCGAGCCAGCAGAGCUCUGUGAGUUGUCCUGGCCCAGUCAUGGCCCAGCAGCACUCGACGUCCAGCAACAACGCGAUGAUGCAACCGCUGCAGGCGCAGAUUCUACAGCGGCAGCAAAUGCAAACCGCCAUGGGCACCCACGGCUACUACAAUUUGCCAACGAAUGCGGGUGGUGAUUCCAGCGGCUGGGACGGCUAUGCCAUGAUGCAGCCAAUGGAUGCCAACAAGCCGUACUCCUUUGGCUGGAGUCUUACCGAUUGAGUCGCCAAACCCCUGUAACUGUGUUUGGACAAUUAAUGAAAUUAUUUGUGGAUUGAUUUAAACUUGUUUCCGUCAAUAUAUGUACUGCACAACUACCAUGAA